CAACUCAAAAGUUCAAUAUCCCAUUUCUCAUACCUUAUGCCGCUCAUGCGGAAAAGAUGUGCGAUCUUGAACAGGUGACAAGCUCACAAGCUCAGCAAAUGGGCUAUCCUAAUGGGUGCUUGUUCAAACGCAUCGAAGCGCAGCUCAGGCACCAGGCAAAACCUGGUGGGGUACCGCCGAAUCGAGGCUCCAAGCUCAGUCACUAG